CCCCUGAAAUACCCGGGCUUCCCGGCCUCUCGCACCCUCUUGGAUCCCCACGGGGUAAUGUGCGUCCCGCUCCCUCAGUCGGCUCCCUGACCCUCGUUUCUCCGAGAGGCCUGACCGCGCUCCCCAGUGUCCUCGACCCCGGCCUGUCAGGUCGGCUGCCAGCCCCACGCCCCCCACCAGCCGCAGCCAUGAGCAACCGGAGGAAGGACCACCUUGGUGCCUGCAGCUCAGAGCCCCUCCCGGUCAUCAUCAUUGGCAAUGGUCCCUCGGGCAUCUGCCUGUCCUACCUGCUCUCAGGCUACACCCCCUACGUGAGGCCGGAUGCCAUCCACCCGCACCCCCUGCUGCAGAGGAAGCUCUCAGAGGCGCCAGGGGUCUCCAUCAUGGACCAGGACCUAGACUACCUGUCCGAAGGCCUGGAAGGCCGGUGCCAAAGCCCUGUGGCCCUGCUCUUUGACACCCUCCUGCGGCCAGACACGGACUUUGGGGGCAGCGUGGAGUCUGUCCUUACCUGGAGGCACCAGAAGGAGCGAGCCAUCCCCCAUCUGGUCCUGGGCCGGAACCCGCCUGGGGGCGCCUGGCAUUCCAUUGAAGGCUCCAUGGUGACCCUGAGCCAAGGCGAGUGGAUGGGGCUCCCCGACCUGCAGGUCAAGGACUGGAUGUGCAAGAAGCGCAGAGGUCUUCGCAAUAGCCGGGCCACGGCCGGCGACAUCGCCCACUACUACAGCGACUACGUGAUCAAGAAGGACCUGAGCCACAACUUCGUGUCCAACGCCGUGGUCACGGCCGUGGAGUGGGGGACGCCCGAGCCCAGCAGCCCUGGGGCCCGGGACCCCAGCCCGCUCUUCCAGGUGAGCGGCUCCGUGACCACCGAGGACCAGAGCCAGCAGUCCUUCUCCCUGAGUGCCCGCAACAUAGUCCUGGCCACAGGCACGUCUGACAGCCCGGCCCGCCUCGGCGUCCCUGGGGAGGCCCUGCCCUUCGUCCACCACGACCUGUCGGCCCUGGAGGCGGCCACGCGGGCAGGCACGGUGUCCCCGUCCUCGGACCCUGUCCUCAUCAUCGGGGCGGGGCUGUCGGCCGCAGACGCGGUCCUCUACGCCCGCCACUACAACGUCCCUGUGAUCCACGCCUUCCGCCGGCCCGUGGACGACCCCGGCCUGGUGUUCAACCAGCUGCCCAAGAUGCUGUACCCCGAGUACCACAAGGUUCACCAGAUGAUGCGCGAGCAGUCCAUCCUGUCGCCCAGCCCCUACGAGGGCUACCGCAGCCUCCCAGAGCACCAGCUGCUGCUCCUCAAGGAGGACCGCCAGGCCGUGUUCCGCGACCCCCAGGGCCUCCAGAAGGUCUUCGGCGUGGCCCUGGUGCUGGUGCUCAUCGGCUCCCACCCCAAUCUGUCCUUCCUCCCGGGGGCAGGCGCCGACCUCGCCGUGGACCCUGACCAGCCCCUGAGUGCCAAGAGGAACCCCAUUGAGGUGGACCCCUUCACCUACCAGAGCAUCCACCAGGAGGGUCUGUACGCCGUGGGGCCGCUGGCCGGGGACAACUUUGUGCGCUUCGUGCAGGGCGGGGCCCUGGCCGUGGCCAGCUCCCUGCUGCGGAAGGAGGCCAGGAAGCCACCCUAGCACCUGGCCCGGCA